GGCUUUGGGGUGGGUUUAGGGUGGGAUUUGCGUGGAUUUGGGGUGAGAUUUGCGUGGAUUUGGGCUGGACUCGACGUCAGGCUGUGCUUGACUCCAGUCCCUUGAGCCCAGCUCGGGGCUGGGCUCAGCUUUGUACCAACUUUGGCUUUGGGUGCCCCCCUAUUCCUGUUCCCAUCCCCAUUCCUGGCGUGAGCCCCUGAUUCCCAUUCCAGGGGUGACCCCCCAUCCACCUCCUGAUCCCAUUCCAGGAGUGACACCCCCUGUUCCCAUUCCCAUUCCUGGGGUGCCCUCCCAUUCCUGAUCCCGAUCCCAUUCCAGGGGUUCAGAUGGUCGUCAGUAACCGGGAGGUGUUUGUUGGGUUCCUGAGCCCAUCCCAAUCCCAUUCCUGAUCCCGAUCCCAUUCCAGGGGUUCAGAUGUUCGUCAGUAACCGGGAGGUGUUCGGGUUCCUGCCGGUCCCGCUGCGCUCCCACAGCUCCCUGCGGGACGAGGCCGACAACUUCCUGCACGUCCAGCUGGAGAUCAUGGUGAAGCUCCCUCCGGCCGAGCCCUCCCCCCACGUGUGGGUGCCCCCCAAGGUCUCCGACAAGAUGGGCUUUGAUGAGGUGUUCCUGAUCAACCUGCAGCGCCGCUCCGACCGCCGGGCGCGGAUGCUCCGGACGCUCCAGGAGCAGGGAAUUUCCUGCAAACUGGUGGAGGCCGUGGACGGUCGGGCCCUGAACAGCAGCGAGGUGGAGGCGCUGGGGAUCCGGAUGCUCCCGGGAUACCGGGACCCCUUCCACGGGCGACCCCUCACCCGGGGGGAGGUGGGCUGCUUCCUCAGCCACUUCCACGUCUGGCAGGAGAUCUCGGCGCGGGGGCUGCGCAAGUCCUUGGUGUUCGAGGACGAUUUGCGCUUCGAGAUCUUCUUCCGCCGGCGCCUCACGGAGCUCAUGGAGGAGCUGGAGGAGGCCGGGACGCCCUGGGACCUCAUUUACCUGGGCCGGAAGCGGCUGCACCCGGAGCGCCCGGAGCGCCCCGUUCCCGGUGUCCGGAACCUGGUGGAGGCGGGAUAUUCCUACUGGACGCUGGGAUACGCCCUGUCCCUGAGCGGGGCCAGGAAGCUGCUGGAGGCGGAGCCCCUGGGAAAGAUGAUCCCGGUGGAUGAAUUCCUGCCCGUCAUGUUCGACCGGCACCCGCUCUCUGACUAUUCCCGGCACUUCCCCCGCCGGGAUCUCGUGGCCUUUUCCGCGGAGCCGCUGCUGCUCUUCCCGACGCACUACACGGGGGACGCGGGAUACGUGAGCGACACCGAGACCCCCACGCUCUGGGACGAGUCCCCCUGGCCCGGGGGGGUCACGAUCCCGCGGGAAUCCCGGGAAUCCCGGAACUCCGACCUGCUCCGGGACAGCCCCGCCCGCGACGAGCUCUGAGACUCUUUCUGGAAUUCCCGGAAUUCCAAGUGACACCCGAGACCACCCCCCUUCCCCGGGGCUGGGAGGGGGAGCAGAUCCUGCGGGAAUCCCGGAAUUCUGACC